AAACCCCAUCCCCGGAAACACUGUCGUAAACGCUGCCGUUGACUUGACGCUGGUUUCUCUGCUGGAGCAGCGGAGGAUCCGCGGGCGUUUACCAAUGAGAGUGAGCCGGGAAGCAGGAACCGCGAGCCCGCCGGGGCCGCCGGGGCAGACACGCGGAGACAAGGAGGCUCCUCCCCGGGGAGCAGGGAGUCGCCUCAGCGGCCUGGUGAACUGGAGGCAGAGACCGUGGAGGACUUCAGCUCUGUUUACUGCAGCCAACAUCGCGAUGUGGUUUGUGACCUUUAGCUCGCUCAGUGUUUACAGUCUUCUGGCCAUAAUCCUCGCUGUGCUGGUUGCCAUGGUAACCAUCAGAGACGUUGCACAGUCGAUCUACACAGGAGUUCACUCAUGGAGGAGCAGGACUUCAAGCUGGCAGAUCAUGGACUCAGGAGCAGAGAGUGGCUCCGGUCCUGGACCUCAGCUCAGUGACUCGCUCAGACUCUUCCUGCGGGAGACGUCGGCGUUCAAACAGCAAAACCCCGGCAAGUUCUGCCUGCUGGUUUGCAGUCUGUGCACCUUCUUCGCCGUCAUCGGACGCUACAUUCCAGGGCUUAUCAUCUCAUACGUUCUCGUGCUCUGCUUUUUCCUGUGGCCUCUCGUCUCAUCUCAUGAAGUCGGUUUGUGGCUGGAGCCAGUUCUGCAGAAGCUGGACUUUGGCAUCACUGACUUCCUUCAGCGGAUCAAAGCGAACCAUGAGAAGAGAAUGAGGAUUCAGGCUCAGACGGAGAAAGAGGGCAUCGAGUCAGAUUUGUCCUCCAUGUUCCCCAAGCUGGACUCCACGGUGUGUAAGGAAAUGUCUGUGUCAGACACCGAGGUGUCCGAUGUGACGUGGACAGACAACGGCACCUUCAACCUGUCAGAGGGACACACGCCUCAGACAGAGAACUCAGAGGACCUGGACAGAGAAGAAGCCUUCAGUGGUGGUCUCCCAGAAUUCCCGUCACAUGACAAUGGCACGACGACUAACGGUGACGACGACUACGACCUCAGCCUCGGCCUUCCCGCGCCACACUCAGAGUCCAACCAAACAUUUCCCCGUCCUCCUCGUCCUCGCGAUGACCCGUCCGCAGACAAAGCCCUCGAGCUGGUCAACCAGAUAGCGGGAGACUUCAUCGCCGCGGCGGUCACAGCCGCCAUCCAGGAGAGAAUAGAGACGGCGGUCGGCUUGGCAGCGAUGAGGAGUGAGCAGGAGUGCCACAGACUCCAGGAGUCCAACAGGCUGCUGGAGCUGGAUGAGGACUCGGACAGCGAGGUGGAGGACUUUGAACUGCUGGACCAGUCGGAGCUGGAGCACCUGGACAGGGAGCUGGGGCUGGAGGAGAAAAAGAGCCAGAGCGAUGAGGCGCCCUCUACUGGAUUCUUCACCAAACUACUCAGACGUCACUGACCGACGACAGAGUUAAAUGUUUCUGUUUUCCUGUAGCGAGAUUUAAAAAUGCGACAUUUCUUUAAAUCGGGUGAAUAUUUAAAGCUGGGAUACGCGAGUUUAGCAUGGUCGUAAAGACGAGUUUUAGCUUUGCUGAUUAUUUUUAUUGUUCUAUAUAAUUAUUACCAGAUAACUUUUUAAAGAAAAAUCGCUUAUAUUACCCACAAUCCACUUUAACAAUUACGUACAAAAAAAAUCUGCUUAAAAUAAUUCUGCUGGUUUGAUUAGUUCUUUUUUAUAUUUUCAUUUUUUUUAUUUGAAUAUAUUCUAGUCUGUUUAUGUAGUCACUUCGUCGUCAGCAUUUAAACUCAUUUACUGAAAAGUAGUAAAAGAAGUAUGAGUUUGCAUAAUCAAUGGUGGUGAAUGUUUCUAUGUUUUAAAUAAAGUUUGAAUGAAUUUA